AGCCAUGUUUGAAAUUUUUCUUUUAUUAUUUAUAAACAAAGAAAUCUCCGAAACUCAAAAUUAGUUGUAUUUGUUUAUUGGCUCGGACCAAAUAUAACAUCCAAAACAAAGAAAAAAGUAAUGAAUAAGAAUUAUAUUCAAUUAACCAGCAAUUGGAGCAGAAGUGGUGGAUGUGACUUUCAUGAAGCCUUCCUGUGUCAAACUGCGGAUCCAGACAUAUUCAUCAAGCCACCACUUGAUCAACUUUUGGAUGAAAACAGGGCGAUAUUGCUCUCUAACCCAAAAUUAGAAGAAGAAAAAUGUGAACUCUGCGCGCAGCUCUUUCCGCAUUACAAAAUUCAAGCCUUCAACAUGGUGUGCAAUGUGCCCAAGAUAGAAAUUUUCCAAGGUCCCUUAAAAGAGUACGUGGAAACGGCCUAUGGCUUGUUAAUAAACGAAACAGACGAUGAAGCGGAGAGCCUUAACAAUUUAGAACUCCACUGUUAUAGAUAUGACGUAGAAGUGGAUAAAUCUGGCGUCACCGAAAUAACAAUAAGGUUUCUAACAGCGCUUUCCGAGGUGUGCAUUUUUGGUAUUUGCAUACAAAUUGCGCCCAAUCCGAAUGGUAUAACUUCUUUAACCCCGAAUACCGUUGGGAUAAUUAAUGUUGAAAAUGUGCAAACCAUGCUUGCAAAUAGUGCGCGAAAGACUACAGCACCUGCUGAGAAAUAUAAAAAAUUUUUGGAGGCAAUAAUUAAAUCGGGCAAUAGUUCGGCAGCUAAAAGUUCGGCAUUUGUUAAUCACAACUUUAAAGCACUUAACCAACAUGAUGAGUCAGAAGACAGAUUACGCCAAACAAAUUUGAAUAACGAUAAAAUUGAAUUUGAAAUGAUCAGACAUUUAAUGGACCAUAUAGAUCUGCGCUUCAAGGAAUUUGAAAGCGUUAUUCAGCAACGCAUUAACGAGAUCGAAGAACGACAAUCCGUCAAGUUGGAUAGAAUCUUGAAUAUGCUUGAAAAGCAGCAGAAAAGCGAUUAGUUUAACAAACUUAAUGUUUGGACGUUUCUAACGUGAACGCGUUGCGUUUUGGAAAACAAUUUGAAAUAUAAUUUGUACACUUUUAUUUUUAUUUUCUAAC